UCAAAUAGGUAAGCAAUGGAAGCACUGGAAGUGGAUGACAUCAGUCCGGCGCUAGAGGUCACAGAGGAUUUCUUCAACUCUUUUGAAAAACUAGAGCAUGGUAACCAUCAGCCUGAGGUCUUUGGGAUUCAUGAAGCUCCUGAACUGUUAGGAAAUGAUCUAUCCAGUAAAAUCCAGCAGCAAGUUGAUGGACAAAAUGCAAACACCUCAAAGCGUAGCAUUAUUUGGGAGCGGUGUAAGAGCAGUCUCUUUGAUGCCAAAGCAAAGAAUGGGAUCCAUGCCAAAGAGCACUUUUCAUCAGCUAGGAGAACAUUUCCUGAUGUACCUUUGUCGGAGGGACAGGAAAAAGACGCUUCUACCUACAACUUCUUCAGUGCAUGUCACCGUAGACGUGACAGGCCUCAGUCGAUUAAUGACACGGUAGGCCUUGCUGAAGACUCUACAAAAUUUAGACCAGGACACAACAGGUCGCGUUCUGAUGUUAGUCAUAUAGACUGGACAAAUAUACGCAAGCCAGCACCUUUGCAACGCUCAUCAAGCCAAGGGAUACACUUCACCAGAGACAUUGAAGGAAAUACUGAACACAUGUUGCCAAAUAUUUUCAAGAAGGGUUUCCUGGAGACUCGAAAAACUCAAGAGAGCUUUUGGAAAAAUUGUUAUGCUGAGAUAUCUCAAUACAAACUGCACAUCUAUGGUACUGAUAGCAGCGGUAAUCACAAUGCCAUCACUGCUUAUCCUCUUGCUAAUAUAGAAAGCAUCACCAUUACUGGAAGCCAUGAAACCAAACUAGUUGAAGUAUUAAUGUCAGAUAACAGUCAGCUGCAACUGAAAGCAGAUUCUGCAUGGGAAGCAUUGGACUGGGGACAGAAGCUAUGGGAAGGAGUACGUGCCUUGACUUUAGUUUCAGAUUAUAUAAGCAAUCAGCAUGAUGUCAUGACAAGGUCUAAAAAUGUAGCUGAUAAUAACUGUGACUACUUGGAAAAUCAAGCCUUGUCAAACAAGCUCACAGAGCUUUCAAGAUCCAUGAACUUGACCAAUGGCCAUCACAAAAACACCUUGAAAACAGGGACCCUUUAUCGCUUAACAAUCCAUAAUAACUGGAAGGCAUUCACUUUUGUUCUUUCCAGUUCACAUCUAACAGCAUAUCAAUCUAGUUUGCUGGAUGAGGAUCCCUUACUUAGUUAUAAUGUCAAUGUUUGUGUAUCUGUCCAGAUGGACACUCUUGAUGGGUAUGAUUCUUGUUUUCAAGUCAUUUUUCCACAAGAUGUUCUUCGGCUACGAACUGAAACCCGUCAGAAAGCCCAAGAGUGGAUGGAUGCUAUUAUAUCUGCUGCUAAUGCUGCUCGACAAGAAGAUCAGCAUCUGCUUGUGCCUCUUAGGAACAACCCCAAAGAACAUCCAUCACUUAGGGAGCUGCAGAGGAGCAAACGCCAGUCUGUAACCUCAAGUUUCCUUGGUAUCUUGACAACAUUGGCUUUGGAGAAAGGUCUCACUGCCCAAAGCUUCAAGUGUGCAGGUUGUCAGAGACCAAUAGGUCUUUCCAAUGGGAAAGCAAAAGUAUGCAGUUAUAGCGGCUGGUACUACUGUAGUACCUGUCAUGUGGACGAUGGCUUCAUUAUACCUGCCCGUCUUGUUCACAAUUGGGACACUUCCAAACACAAGGUGUCCAAGCAGGCAAAGGAGUUCUUGGAAUAUGUCUUUGAAGAGCCAUUGAUUGACGUGCAGCAGGAGAACCCACUGCUCUACAGGCAUGUUGAUGCACUGGCACAAGUUGUGCGCUUGAGACAGCAGUUGAAGUCACUCCGGGCUUAUCUUUUUAGUUGCCGAGCAGUGGUGGCUGAAGACCUGCGUAGAAGAAUUUUUCCCCGGGAAUAUCUUUUUCAACAGAUUCACCUAUACUCUCUAGCAGACCUGCAACAGGUUGUUGAAGGCAAGUUGGCGCCCUUUCUCAUGAAGGUGAUCAAGUUUGCCACAUCCCAUGUGUACAGCUGCAGUCUGUGUAGUCAGAAAGGCUUCAUCUGUGAAAUAUGCAACAAUGGGGAGAUUCUGUACCCCUUUGAAGAGAACUCUACAAGCAGGUGUGAGAAUUGUGGCGCUGUCUUCCACACUGACUGCAAAGUGAAAACUGUCCCUUGCCCAAGAUGUGUGCGCAAGGAGCUACAGAAGAAACAGAAAUCAUUCUGGAAAAGGCUGAAUGUGGAUGACAGCUUGGAAGAGUCGUGCAAUAUGUUUGAGCUGACUUACCAGAGCACGUGACCAGCGCAGUCCUAUGUCAUUGCAGUUGUUUUCCCUGCUGCUAGCAAAGCCAGUGUCCCAAGUAGAAAUCACUUAGGAAGUAAUAGUUGGUACUUGGUAACAUGUUGCAAAAGGAAGCCCUAAGCUAGCUAUUAGUUUUCUCUUUAGCUUUCUCUGUAAUCAAUGUUCUAAUUACUAUAAUGGCACUUUUACCUUACCCCAGCUCUAA